AUGGAUCCUAAUCAAUUUCAUUAUCAACAAGCUAUGUUCAAUUUCAUGCAAAAUUAUCAAAAUCAUAAUCCUCAAAAUUCUCAAAUUCCAUCGAUGCCAACAAACCCCGCCAUAUUUUUUCCAUCACCAAACAAUCCAAAUAUGUAUCAUAUACCUCAAAUGAAUUCUAAUAGUAUGGAAUUUUCUACCCAAGUUCCACCAUUUUCUACUCAAGAUCCAAUUGUGGGAGUUGAUCAAAAGGCUGAGAGUUUUUGGUUAAGAAUAGCUGCCAAUUAUAACCAGUAUCAUGGGCAAUCGCGGGAAAAGUUAGGGGGGAAAUUAAAAUGUCGAUGGCAUAGAAUAAAUGGUUUGGUUCAAAAAUUUGUUGGGUGUUACAAACAAGCUGUUAAUGGAAAGAAAAGUGGGACAUCAGAUAACGAUAUCAUGGCCUCUGCACAUGCUUUUUUUGCUCAGGAUGAAGGUACAACAUUCAAUCUUGAGUACGCAUGGCGAUUGUUAAAAGAUGAACCUAAAUGGAUGGGAGAAUCGAUUGGAAAUUCUUCAAAAGUAACAAAGACUUCUGCUAGUGGGGCAUCAUCGGCUAACUCAGAUACACCUUCAAGUUACGAGUUUAACUCAUCAUCACCAAUGGAGCGUCCAAUGGGACAAAAAGCAGCAAAAAGGAAGGGUAAGGCAAAGGAAAUUCCAAAUGCAACACAAGAUGCAAGGAAUAAAAGAGCAGCAGCAAUGGAAAGACUAGCUAAAAGUAAGGAGGACGAGCUAGAAUUAAAGGCAAUGCAAAUCAUCAUGAAAGACACUUCUACUAUGAGUGAUAGUCAACGAGAUAUUCAUGAAAAAUAUUGUAAUAAGAUGAAAAAAAAAAUGGAUUGUAGUUAG